CCUUCUUCUUCCUGCUCUCACAACGUGUCUCUGAAGGAGAAUGGCGCAGCAAGGAAGUCAGCGGGACAAGGACAAACUCUGCUGUUCCAUCUGUCUGGAUCUACUGAAGGGUCCGGUGACUAUUCCCUGUGGACACAGCUACUGUUUGAGCUGUAUUAAAAACUACUGGGAUGAAGAGAAUCAGAAAAAUGUGUACAGCUGUCCUCAGUGCAGACAGACCUUUGAACCGAGGCCUGUCCUGAUGAAAAGCACCGUGUUGGCAGAGUUAGUGGAGGAAGUGAAGAAUAAGAAGACAGACGUCAAAGCGUCUCCAGCUGAUCACUGCUAUGCUGGACCUGGAGAUGUGGGAUGUGAUUUCUGCACUGGGAGAAAACAGAAAGCUCUGAAGUCCUGUCUGCAGUGUCUGGUCUCUUACUGUGAGCAGCACCUCCAGCCUCACUAUGAAUCCCCUGCCUUUGGAAAACACAAGCUGGUCGACCCCUCCAACAAGAUGCAGGAGAUCAUCUGUACUCGUCACAGUGAGGUGAUGAAGAUUUUCUGCCGCACAGAUCAGCAGUGUAUCUGCAUUCUCUGCUCCAUGGAUGAACAUAAAGGCCACGACACAGUUUCAGCUGCAGCAGAAAUGAGUGAGAAGCAGAAAGAGCUCGGGGUGAGUCGUCAAAACAUCCAGCAGAGAAUCCAGAAGAGAGAGAAAGAUGUGAAGCUGCUUCAGAAGGAUGUGGAGGCCAUCAAUCUCUCUGCUGAUAAAGCAGUGAUUGACAGCGAGAAGAUCUUCACAGAUGUGAAGCAGCAGAUCAGAUCUCGUCAGGAAUCUGAAGUGGCUCACGUCAACAAUCUUCAGGAGAAGCUGCAGGAGGAGAUCGCUGAGCUCAGCAGGAAGGACACCGAGCUGGAACAACUUUCACACACAGAGGACCACACCCAGUUCCUGCAGAGUUACAGCAGGUUAUCAGGUCUGAGUGAAGCUACAGACUCCUCCAGCAUCACGGCUUGUUCCCUGAAGUACACUGAGGACCAGACUGCAGCUGUGUCAGAGGUCAGAGAUAAACUACAGGAUAUUGUUAGUGAGGAAUGGGCCACGAUGUUGAUAACAGAGACUCCACAGACUGAGCCCAAGAACAGGACUGAAUUCCUCAAAAAUGUGUGUGAUAUCACACUGGAUCAGAUCACAAAGUACAGACUUAUCCAUUUUUAUUCUGACCUACAUGCAAAAUGCAACUUUGGUACAAAUGAAUGGUGUGGUCACCCAGACAAUUUCACUGACUGGGCUCAGAUUUUGUGUAGAGAGAGUCUGACUGGAUGUUGUUACUGGGAGGUGAAGGUAGGAGGGAGGGUUUUUGUAGCAGUUGCAUACAAGAGUAUUAGCAGAAAAGGAGAUGAAAGUUUAUUUGGAAACAGUGGCAAGUCUUGGGCUUUGGAGUGUUUAGGUGAUGGUUAUGAAUUCAGACAUAACAAAAUCAGAACAUCACUCUCAGGUCCUCAGUCCUCCAGAGUAGGAGUGUACCUGGAUCACAGUGCAGGCGUUCUGUCCUUCUACAGCGUCUCUGAAACCAUGACUCUCCUCCACAGAGUCCACACCACAUUCACUGAGCCGCUCUGUCCUGGGUUUGGUCUGUAUGUUAAUGGAGUCUUUGUUAAAAUCUGUAAAGAUUUAAACACAGAAACCUCAAACCCAUAGAACGAGGAAACACCACACGACAACUUUCCAUUUUCUCAGAUAUAUUUGGGUUUUUUUUUCUGAUGAAAACUGGAAAACACCAGGAAAGAUGAGAGAAGGGUGCAGCAGAACCCCGGUCGCUGCUAUAAGGACUCGGGUCACCCACACAUGACACAUUUUAUUUAGAGUCAAGUCUGUUUAUCUUUGCAGCCAUGGUGAGUAUCACUGCUCACUAGAAGGGAGUUUUCCUCUUCUUUCUUUUAUUUUACAUUAAUUUUAUUAUUCUCUAAGGUCAAAUGUUAGAUUACUAACUAAACAAUUGCAAAAAAGGAAAUAUUGAAAAUAUUAUGAACACAUAUUUUAAAGAGUAAAUAAAUGUCUGAAAUACCAAAUAAUAACCCUGAUAGUUUGGUGAGGGAUGAUGAAAAAAUAUGAUUUGGGAUAUUUCUUGUUCUUCAUGUACUAAGAUUAUAUUAUGAAAGUGUUUGUUAUUGUCUGUAAAUAACUGUUUUUGUCAGAGGUGGUGUGAGACCUGAUAUGUGAAUAGAAGAUCAGCAGUGUGGGAUAUCUUUGGUAAUAAAUAACUGAUCUGAAUAAAUACAGUUUCCUAAUAGAUUGAUAUGGAUUAUUGAAACUCUUCUUGUUAUUUUGAUUUGUAAAGUUCUUCUGUAAAGGUACAUUUGUAUUGUUGCUGUAAUAUUGUCAUCUCUUUCUGUUCUUCUGCACGUGCCUAAUGCAGACCUAAAUCGUCUUUGUAUCACAACAUUUAAAUCAAACAUUAAAUCAAUAAUAAAACGUUUUCUGAAUCAA